ACUGUUUUCCGCAUGGCAAGCAGCCAGCAGCAGCAGCAGCAGCAGCAGCAGCAGCAGCAGCAGCAGCAGCAGCAGCAGCAGCAGCAGCAGCAGCAGCAGCAGCAGCAGCAGCAGCAGCAGCAGCAGCAGCAGCAGCAGCAGCAGCAGCAGCAGCAGCAGCAGCAGCAGCAGCAGCAGCAGCAGCAGCAGCAGCAGCAACAGCAGCACCGCAGCAGCAGCAGCACCGCAGCAGCAGCAGCACCGCAGUAGCAGCAGCACCGCAGCAGCAG